AUGGUAUGUGGACUUACACUAGUGAUCGGACAUCGAAUCAUAAUACUAACUGCUACUUCAAUAGUCAAUGAGAAUUGUUCCAGACAAUAGUCAUCAAUCAUCAAUAAAUAGUACUAAAUAUGGUGCACCAGCAGAACAUGCACCAGGUUUACAAGAUAUUUUGAAAACCCAAGAAGGGCCUUUGAAUAUGGCUUCCAAGAUCAAUAACCGUCAUCCAUUAGAAUCAAGAAUCAACAAUUGGGAAUCAACUCAACAACAAACUCAAUUAGAAACUUAUAGAAGAAUCUUUGGUGCAGGAGAACCAAUCAAAAGAACCAUGGAUUUGGAAAUCGUCGAUGCUACCGACUUCAAACCUUCAGUUUUGGGUGGAUCCGCAAACAUUCAUAAAGAUAUCUUAUUAAAUAAAGAUGCUAGCGUGGAUUGGGAUGACAUAUAUAAAGGUGGCAUUGAGUCCGGUAACAACGUUAAAGAUUUCCAUACCGAAAUGGAAAAGAAAAUGGGUAUCUGAAUACCUUCCCCAAUUGUAUUUAUAGUAUAAUGCACGUCAAUGUUAACCUGAUAUUUCGUAAACUAUACCCUAAGUUGAUUUGAAGGUUUUACAAACUCCUCCAACCAACUUCACCAAUUUCUUCCUCAUUCUACGAACCUAGCCAAUUUUUAACCAAAUCUCCCCAAACAAGCUCUCAAGCUCUCAAAUUCUCAUCUUAUCAUCUCUAUCUUUACUUAAUCCCUUGCUAAACCUCUUAAUUAUGAUUCCCAACUGCGUUUUGUGUAUUGGUGUGUACUAACC